ACGGUCUCCUGGCGGAGGGAGGGAGCGGGGCCUCCUCCUCCUGCUGCUACUGCUGCCGCUGCCGCUGCACGUGGCCCCGGCCCAGAGAAGGGGGCAGUUCAGCCGCCGCCAUGGAGAAGGGUCCGGGGGAAGGCGAGGCGCCUCCGUCGCCAAAAGGGACGCAGGAGGAGGAGGCGGAGGAGGCAGGGGAAGGGGAAGAAGAGGAGGAGGGAGGCCUUCGGCUGGAGCUGCUGGCCAGGAAGCAGCGCAAGGAGAAGCGGGAGCUGCAAGCCAAAAUCCAAGGAAUGAAAAAUACAGUUCCAAAGAAUGACAAAAAGAGAAGGAAACAGCUGCUGGAAGAUGUUGCUAAACUGGAAGCUGAGUUGGAAGAGAAACACAGGGGAGAACUAAAGCACCUAAAGGAGACAUUGCCUGAACAGAAUAAAGAACACUCAGCAACUAUAAAUAUUGCAAGAUUGGAGUUGGAGGGCACAGGUGAGAUUCAGCCUCCUAGAAUAUCAAAAGCACAGAAAAGACGGGACAAAAAAGCAGCCUUGGAAAAAGAAAGAGAGGAAAGAAUAGCAGAAGCUGAAAUAGAAAAUUUAACAGGAGCUAGGCACCUUGAAAGUCAGAAACUUGCACAUAUUUUAGCCACGAGGCAAUUGGAAAUUAAACAGAUCCCAUCUGAUGGUCAUUGCAUGUACAGAGCUAUUGAAGACCAGCUCAGAGAACGACAAAACUCCUGGACUGUUGCAACUCUUAGGAGUCGGACUGCCGAGUACAUGAGAGGUCAUGUGGAUGACUUCCUACCAUUUCUAACAAAUCCAAAUACAGGAGACCUGUACAGUCGAGAGGAAUUUGAAAAAUAUUGUUAUGAUAUAGCAAACACAGCUUCAUGGGGUGGGCAAUUAGAACUAAGAGCUCUGUCGCACAUUUUGCAAACACCAAUUGAAGUUGUUCAGGUGGAUUCACCUCCUAUUAUAGUUGGUGAAGAAUAUAAUGGGGACCCACUAAUACUUGUGUAUAUGAGGCAUGCAUAUGGAUUAGGAGAACACUAUAAUUCUGUAAAACCUCUAUUGGAUAAGACUACAGAAAAUGAAAGCUAGUACACACGACUCAUCAGAAGAUACUGAAAAAUGGGUCCAUCUUUACAGUUUCUGACUUACCUGGAUACAAAACUUUUAAGCAAACUAAUUCUGCUGAAUUCUUUUACUAAAGAUACAAAGCUUGGACAUGUACUGUAUAUCAGAAACCUGUUUUAAGCACUAUGGAAUCUAACUUAAAUCAUGUUUCUAAAAUAUCCCUUGAUGUGUUGUAGUACAAUUCACAAUAAAUUGUGUGUUACAGAUUUUA